ACGUCCUCAGCCGCAGUCAGGCAGACCGACUCGUGGCCGCGACACCCGUUCGCAGUUUGAUCCGCGAAUCGGUGGAUGAAGAAAAAAAUACUACAUAUUCUCUAUUAUCCGUACGGUCGAUAAAAAUAAAAAUUACCAUCUACAAGUGGAUAAUUUUCUGAAACUUGUUCAGGAUUAAUUUGAAUAACAAAAAGUGACAAUUGUGCAAGUUGAUGUAUAAUUGGAUUUGGGUCGGUCUAUUAUCUCGCAUAAGAAGUGACAUCGAUAAGCCGCUUCGGUUACUUUACACUCUGUUACUCUGCUAGCGAUCAUCGGAAACGGGUUUUCCAAUAGUUCAGACAGCAGUAUAUUCCUAUAAUUAAAAUUGAAACGACGUCCAGCGCGUCGUAGAAAUUAAGCGUUGAAUAAUCGAGUGUUGAAAUUAAUGCGAGCGUUAUGUCGCGGCCAAGGAGACCGAGUGUUUCCAUCCACGAUUAUCCGGAGGAUUUAAAUCCCUUCAAAGACAGCCCCCCGACGCUCCAGCACUCUCCGAUCAGCGUAGAACUCAGAUCAUCUACCAAGGAACCAAAGAAUAAAUUCUGGACCUUUGGAAGAAGCAAGAAGAAACGGUCCAACAGUUUUUCAGUAAAAUCUGCAUGGAGCGGUAUUUUUGGCAAACGUAAGGAACCGGUUCCGGAAGUGGAUCAACGUAGGACAACCAUCACCACAGUUUCAACGUCUUAUCAAAAUGGCCACUUCAGCAGACCGGUACCACCCCCAAGGCCGUCUAGGGAUCAUCAAGAAUUUGAGGAAGCCUUCGGAACGUUCUCGAGGCGGAAAAAAUACUCAAUGGAAAACUCGUCGAACUAUGGUUCUAAUUUAACGGUAAACGGUGACCCUGCACGUCUGUAUAACGGAAGUCCCCAGGAUACGACAGCCUCGAUUUUAGGGGAACUUACGCCGAAGCCCCCGGCAAGGAGAUUCGGACAAGUGAGUCCAAGACCGAAGGACGAGAUUCCACCUUUAGAAUUUGAAGCUAAGGACGAAGUUCAAAUUCGACGACAAAACGACGCUGACGACGAUGUACCGGGAGAAGUUCCCGUUCCAACCAGGAGACUCGGACGAAAGUCGGUACCUCGUGUAAGCGUUCUGGAGGCCCCUGAGGAGGAAGACCGAGGAUCGAUAGCUGCCUCAGAUUUAUCGAUGAGGGACGAAAAUGAAAAUUUGGCUGACGAUUUCAUAUUCAGAAGAUGCAGUCUGGAUGCUGUACGGAGAUCAAAUCUAUCGAUAAACAGUUGCAUAUCAACAGCUAGUGGUAUGAGCACUUUGGGUAGAAAAAAACGACGAGCUCCGCAACCCCCACAGCGUAAAGAAUCCCAGCAAAAUCCCGAGGAUAGACCUGUUGCUCCAGUGUCCCCGGUGGAAUUACAGAUUACGGAAUCAAUCGAUAUCGCUAAAGUUACCGAAGAUAUUCAAGAAAUGACGAAACAAAGUCAAAACAUCGAAGUGGCUGUCCCUUCGAAUUCGCCUCGUGAGACACGUGAUUUUAAAGUAUCGGAAACCGAUGGAGAAGCUAGAAAUGUGGAGGAGGAAAGUUCCAGGGAAAAUUCACCGGCGAAAAUAAAUGGAGAUAUAGCAACGGACGUAAAUUCGAGGGAGAUUGAAACAGUGAUAGAGCCUAGCGAAGAUCCAAACGCGAAUCGAGAGGAAGUCGAAACCGUAGAGAUUGAACGAAUCGUAGAAGAUAAAAUAGAAAUAAUAACGGACAUAGACGAUAGUUCACAAUCGUACGAUGAUACGGAAGAUGUUGAAAUCAGAAAGAACUCCGGAGGGCUAUCGAGAAGCGACAGUUUCUCGGUUAAAGAACAAAUAGAGCAAAUUGAAAGACAAAUAAAAGAGUUGGAGGCGAGAAAUGCGAGUAAUAACAAUAAUAACAACAACAACAAUAACAAUAAUGUUGCCACGACCCAGGAGUCUAAGUUCUAUGAACCCUCCGAAACGAGAUUAUCUAUUCAGGCUAAUCGUAGGAGUUUCUUCAAAAAUAUGGUCAGCAACGACUCGAAUGGGGUGAAAAUCGAGAUCAAAGAAUUACCGCGGGAACAAAAGCAGAUCGAGGUAAUAAAAUUGACCGAUCCACCUGUGGCUGUCGAAGCACCGCAAGAGCCGGUAAAAAUCGUUGAACUUCAUAUAACUGAACCGAUUAAACAGGUGCCCGAACUUGUGGACGAUAUUAACGUGAAUCCGAUACCUAAACCGAGGAGGCACAGUUCGACGCCAGCCCCAAAUAUUUUAUACGACGAUAACAGAGAACGAGUUCUUAACGAUGAUUCCAAAACCAGAGAUACGAGGGGUGAUUCUCUGUGAAAACUAAAAAUACCUAUGUCGGAAGUCCGUAGCACAAAAAAUCGAGACCGCGCAGCUAAUUUCUUCCAUUUUUUUUUUUUUUUUUU